AUGUCGAUCCGAGGAAUCUCGCGAUCGAUGUCUGGCAAUUCCUCUCAGAUGCGCAGACGAGGCCUGGAAGCUAUCCAGGAAGAACCUGACUUCUUUACCAAAGAGGUCGAGGAGUUUCGAGGAGACUCGCCGAUGGGUGGAAUUCCUGACGUGAGUAUGGGUGAAGAUGCGUUGGGCGCUGCCUCUGCCUCCCCUGGGAGUUUGGAUGGCGCGCUUGACGUGUCGGAGCCCGGAUUUCACCUUAGCCCGGUAGAGCUCCUCGACCGAGAGCAGAUCCUGGCGAACAACUGCCGGGCUUAUGCGGAGGAAGUCGAAAGACUUGAAGCUCGAGUUGCCUCACUGGAGGCUCAAAACAAGAAACUCCUUGAAGAUUUGAGUCGAUGA